AUGCAUGAUUGCAGUUUCCUAAACCCUAAAGCUGUCUCGAUGUCAACUGAAAACAAGAGAUCAUCCUCGAUGGUGUUGACAGACUGGACUCAGCUCCCUGAAGAGCUACUGCAAGUGAUCUCCGAGAAGAUGGAUAACUGUUUCGAUGUAGUUCAUGCUCGCUCUGUUUGCAGCUUGUGGCGAUCCACCAUCCCCUUUCCUUCAAGCCCAAGUUACUCUCUUCCCAUGUUUAAUGAGGUCUCUCUUGAAAACGAAGGCUUGUGCACCCUCAAGAAGAUUCCUUUUUUCCUCUUUAGAGUACCUACUCUUGCUCCUGCUGCGUCAGCGGAUGAGUAUUUCAUGGGAGGAAUUGUCCAAGAUGAGUCAGAGGAGGAUCAUAUGGAGGAGCUUCCAUCUCCAAUUCAGUACUCAGUGAAAGUGAAGAUCAGAGAAUCUGAACCAACCUUGAUGAACAUGCUAAACUGUCAGAUUCUCUCUCUGGGGCAUCAGUACAGAUUGAUGAAUUGGAAUCCUGAUGGACUGAAAAAACCGUUGAGAACUAUGGCUUUUAUUCCGAUAAAUAAGGAAGGAAGAAUAGAAUUUGUUUUGCUUCUAAACUACAAAGGAGUUUUGUGGGUAUUAACAAGUGGUGCCAAAAUGAAGUGGAAGCGGCUUGAGAACGUCCGAAAUGGUUCAUGUUGGAAUUUAGUCACUUUCAGAGGCAGAUUUUAUGCAUCCUUUAUUUACGGAACAAGUGUGGUUAUCGAUCCUUAUUCCCUGGACGUGACUCUCUUGAUGCCCUCGCAGCCUCUGCUGGUAACCAACUAUCUAGUUCCAUAUGGCAAUGAUGAGCUUUUCCUGGUUCAGAGAAUCGCUAGCCACUCAACAUAUAGAGUGAGUAGGCUAGAUGAGGAGGCUGGAAAAUGGGUCGAGGUCAGCCAUUUGGGAGACCGUGUUUUGUUUAUCAAUCAUCCACUUUUGGGAAAUAUCUGCUGCUCGGCUAAAGAGUUUCCUAAUGGUUGUGGUGUGAUCGGGAACUCAGUCGUGGUCACCUAUGAGGCAGUUGGUGAAACUUUCUUCUAUAAAUCUGUAAACAAUCGUUGGAUAUUAUCAAAAGAGAUACGUGGGAAGAUCCUCAGCAACUAUCCGGUUGUGGCGUUCCGUGUUAAGCACGCUUCGCCAUAA